UAGAACGAACGGUGAACCAACAAAACUUUGAUGAAAAUGGAUAUGGAAAUUACGUCAGGUGGGACAACGAGUACCGCACCUCAAAAAAUGACCCCAGAUCUAAGAGAGCGGCGCUUAUCAUUCACAAAUACACGAAGUCUGCCACGCCCAAAAUGGUCAACUACAUUACGAGGUAUCUGGAGAGUUUCCGAAUCCAUUACGUAAUCACCCGAACUGAUGACCGAUUACUUGUCGAUCUAAAAUAUGAAAUGACAAAAGAUGCGAACAAGGCGAAAUAUUCCUUGAUUAUUUUCUACGAGUUUCAGACAUUUCUAUCGCUUAGUCGUUUAGCCAGAGACGUUAUCGACAAUUACUGCGCGAAAUUUAAAGCGGGACAAAUUUUCUUCGCCGGAAAUAAUUACGGUAAAAUUUCAGAAUUUAAUUUGGAGAUAAAACGAGUGGAAAAGAACAAAGCUCAAAGUUUGCGAGUCAAUCCUGACUCGAACAUUUUAUGGAUUACAAAACCGGGUGUUGAGACUGCGAAGCCGUCUAGGACACGUUUGACGUACCUUCGGGUUUUCCCGUUCGAUGAUCGGUACGAGACGGUAGCUUAUCUCGUCCCUACGCGCGGCGUGGAAGAAACGCGGGCUGAUGUGCGAGGCGGAGAUACGAAAGUCGCAAUGCUAUUGGACAACGGGAGAAAGGGGGGAAUCAAAAGAAUUUUUACGACACUUAAUUCAGCGUUCUUUCUACAUGGAUUGCUUUUCUUGGACGCUUUGAAGUAUCUGUCUGUUCUGCCGCCCAAAUAUACGUUACAGAGAUACAUUCAAGUUGACAUUGAUGAUAUCUUUAUUGGAAAAAGUGGACUAAGGCUGAAAAAAACUGAUGUGAAGGUGAAGAAUUUUUUGGUAUUUUUCCGAAACACGAUGUCAUUGUGGCAUCACCUUAGUAUACUGUAUAUGUAUGCACGAACUUGCGGUUUGAGUUUGACAGCUGAGCUCUGUGGCUGGUUAGAUCGCUGCGCUGGAAACGAUUCCUGCCAUGGUGUAUACUGAGUUGCAUAUUUCGCAACAGCUCCUGGUUAGGUCUAAUAAAAGUAUAAAAUCUACACCAAGAUGGUAUAGUGUAUUUAAAUAGUACAACUGUUUCCUAUUAUUCCUAACUUCCGAAGUAAUGUUCAUGCCCAUGUUAUGAACUUGGGCGUUCUCCCUCGCAGAAUCACUGCCUCAUAAUGAAUUGCUCAUACAAUAUAUAUGUUAAAGUCAGAUCAAAUGCGGACUGUAUGAAAAUAUCACGCAAUGUUUUCGUUUAUCGCGAAAAGUUUUACUGUGGGACAUGACAUUUUAACAAGGAGAACUCGUCCCGCUUUGACUUCCCCGGCCCCACUUGUACACCCCUGGAAAACGGAACAAUAUUUUAAAUAUUCUGGAACCAUGUUUAUAGCAAGUACGUUUUCCUUCUCCUGUUUAGGAAUUACUUCAAACCCAGAAGUUCUUGCAAAGAAAGAUUCCAGGUUUUCAGUUUCAGAUUGGUUUUAGUGGCAAGGGUUAUGGUAGGGGAUCUGAGGCUGAGGAUGAAGGAGAUGACGAACUUAUUGCGCAUUCGUCGUCAUUUUCUUGGUUUUGUCAUAUGUGGGAUCAUGAACAAGCUCACAAGUUUGAUAACUUAACUAUACUUACCAACUUGAUGGAGAAAAAUAAGAGAUUCGCAAAGGUACUGUACUAAUAUUUUGUUCAAGUACUUAUCAGAUGAAAUCAUAGAGGAUUUUGACACGAUAUUUUUGCAUUUUUUAACCUGGAUUUAGACCAGGGGUUUAAGUAUUCCGCAGGCACGCAAGGUUUUCUUACAAAGCAUUCUUCGAUACGUUUAUAAUUUCGUUAACCUUUGUCUAGAAAACAGUUCUUAUUAAUAUUAUUAAGUUUUCCUUUCCAAGUCUCUUUGUGUAAGGAAGGGCCUUAGGGGGUAGAAUGGUAGCUGGAUUUGCCUACCUGGAUUUGGAUCACAAGAAUAAGAUAUAGGAAAUUGAAAAUCAGUCCAGCUAUAGAGUGACUAGAUUCAGAUUUACACACCCUGAAUUAAAACUGUACCAAUCAAUAUUCAGGUGUAAAAGCUAUCCAUGCCAGGUAUUUGGCUUUGGCAAUUCAUAAAGCACGUUUUAAAUUAAACUUGCAUGCCUUUUAUGUAUUUGAAUCGCGCGCAAGACAAUUUUGUGCGCUACUGUACAUGACAAGAACAGUUUUUAUGCAUUCUGGAGUUUAAUUAAUUUAAAGAAACAUUUUAGUGCUGAAGAAAUCAGACCACCCUUCCUUCAUUAUUCAUAUUCACAUAAAUUUUCAUAACAGUUGCAGCAUUUUCCGUUAAAUGACCAUUUGCAAAUCGUCUACUUUUUUAUACACUCUGUAUAAUUGACAUAAAGUCUGCUUCUUACUUUAAUGCAGUAUUUGCUCUUUAGAAACACAAAAUUGCAAUAAACAGCGGCUAUGCAGUCAGUUCGCAUCAUUCGGGUGUAUACCCCGUACAGGAAUCUCUUUACCAAGCUUGGAGAAAUGUUUAUGGCAUUAGUGUUACAUCGACAGAGGAAUAUCCAAAUCUUAAACCUGCUUGGCGGAGAAAAGGAUUUCAAUAUAUGGGAAUUAAGGUAAAGGAAACUUACAAUCAAAUGCAAUACUAGUGAAAUUGUUAUACGAAGACGGUGUGAAAUGUGUCGAGGGCAUGAGUAAUAAAGAUUGUGUCUUCAUCACCCUUUCGACCUGGGUUAUUUUCCUGGAACAAGCAGUUAUCUAAUUAAACAACUUGUGGUUGCAAUUUCGAAUAAUGCGACCGUAGCGUCAACCGUUCAGUGAAGAUGGGAUUCAGUAAUUUUCCAAGACUUUUUAGUAAAUUUCGUUGCAAAUCAUUCAAGAAGAAAAGACUUUUUUCCGUUUUUGAGAUGGCCGCCAAACAUAUCAAUUUAAUAUCAAAUAUAUAGUUCUUUAUUUACAUUGUAUAUAAUAUAUGCUUUAAUUUAAAGUAAACGUGGUUGAGUAAUUUCAGCAGAAACGAAAGCAAAAUAUAGCUAUACAGAGUAUAUAGACUUCCAAGGACCUCUGGUGAUACCCAAGGGCUAUAAAAACUUCUAAGAUUUUUACAGUGUUCUGGCCCGUAAAUUUUUAAAGGUUAUGUUAGUUGAUCUUACUGAUUUGCUUCCCAAUGCAGGUGGUGCCAAGACAAACGUGCAAUAUUUUCACCUCGACAAACUUUUUCCGAGAAAUUGAAGGUGGUAAGCCAACAUUAGAUCACACGGUGGAAGGUGGAGAGAUUUUUGAAACAGUAUUGAGAAACCCGGUAAGAUUUUUAAAUAAUAUAGAACAAAUACCAAAUGGGGUAAAAAUUGUGUAAUGUACACAGUACAUUAGUUUGAUAAAGUAUCGCUAAAAGUUAGAAGAAAGUCACUUAAUAAAAGAAAAGUCUUAAACGUGGUUCAGAAUACAUGUAUUGAUCAGGUUUACUUUGAGAAGAAAGGUACAAUGGUUGAAGUGAGGACGAAUGCGGUCAGGAUACAAAAAUGAAAUGGUGGGGAUAAGAAGAAUGAGUAAAUGAAAAAGGAAAAAUUGCAACAAAUAAUGAAAGAAAAAUGUUUGAAUGUUUGACAACCAAAAAUCAUAACACAACAUAUUUUACACUAUAGCUACUUUCACACUGAUUUUUCAAAGCUACGAUAUAAAGACAACUUUUUCUUAUUUACAAUAAACUUUUGCAGGUUUCGAUCUUCAUGACGCAUAUGACGAACUACGCCAACGACAGAGUCGCUCCAUAUUUGUUCAAGAAAUUGGUAAAAUUUGUCCAACGUUGGACCAACUUGAAGCUGAUGUCGGCGCCACCCAAGAAGUUAGCUGACAUCCACUUUAGGAUUUUCCCUGACGAAGUCACACCAGUGUGGCAAGUGAGUGAUGUAUUGUGUUAUUGUUUGUAAGACUUAAGGCAUUGGGUAUUGUUAGUGGAAUUUGAGGGUUCGUAGAUAUGGUAUAUGGAGUUUGAGGCGUUUGGGGGUUCAUUCUCUGUCUUAAGAUAUUCUCGAGAACAAAGAUAAAAAAUUUGCAGUCUAUUUAAUUAUAUCUUGAGGCAUGUUUACGAGGCAUUACAUGUAAUAUUCCUGGAUUAUUUACUAAUUCACAGAUAAAUGGAAUGUUUUAUAGUUAUUUAGCCACGGUUUUGCCUACAGAUGACACUUUUCAUUUUUUUAUAUUGCUCUAACCAUAUUAAAGAGCACCUUAAAAUAAAGCUUUAUUUUGAUGUUUUAGAAUCCCUGCGAUUACAACCGUCAUUUAGCAAUCUGGCCUAUUGAUAAGAGUUGUUCCCGCCUUCCAUCUCUGCUGGUCAUGGGUCCACCGCAUGGCGGUCACGAAUUGUUAGGCAAAUUCUUGCAAGUACAUCCUAGGAUGAAGGGGGCAGAACAGGAUAGUAAUGGAUACGUAGAGACAAACUUCUUCAGUAGCGACAACUACCUGAAAGGUCUAGACUGGUA